AUGCCUUGCAGUGUGCUCAGUGCAGAUCAGCGGUUGAUGAAUUUGAGCGAUUUCGUAGCAUGGCCUUUGUUGGUUAAAGAAAUGGUUAAAACAGCGGUGUUGCAAGAAUAUGAUUUUGUAGGUUUUGUCCACGUCUUUGUGAAUUCAGGUCUGGACUCUGUCCACGAUAAGGGCACUGCCGUUCUGAGGGCACAGCGGGUAAGUUUGCCAGUCAAGUUAACAGAACCUGUGACAUCCAUCCUCUACAUAACAUCUGACCUCCAGCACAUGAAGGAACUCAAAGAUGUCAUACACGUUCACUCCGUUCAUGAAGCUCCGGCCCACGAGCAGCAUCUGAUGGUGAUGCACAAACAUGGUCAUCAUUGGGGAGGCCUACCUCUUUUUUUCUGGGUGACCCUCAUCACGCUCAUCCUCAUAUUCCACUUGUUCCUCUUCAAAUUAGUUUACAAUGAAUAUUGUGCACCGCAAGAUUCUCGACAAGACAAACUGCACCCAAGAUAUAUACCGAGAAGAUACGUUUGA